AUGCGCUUACUCCGAAUCUUUGCUACGGCUAGCUCUCUGCUGGUCAGCCAAGCAAAUCCCUCUCUCAACCCAGAAACACUUAAUGAAAAUCACUGUCUUGAGGUGUGCAAAGCGGAGAAGCCAACCUGUCCCCCUUACUGGCGUCCUGAAAUAGUUUAUCAGAAGGGUCCUAACAAAAUGGAAAUGGAUGAAGAAUUUUUGCUGGUAUCGACAGUAUACGGGUGGUACCUUAGCAUUCUUACAAUGCGGGGCGGGGUUCCUGUAUUACUAUGGCAGGCAUCUCAGAAUAUAAAGCGGGUGAAACAUCUGUUGCCUUUCAGAUCCUCAAUUCAGGCCGCAAAUGGUAGUACAAUGAAGAAAGUAGUACCUCUAUAUGAGAGGGUUUAA